CGAAGAACCGAUUCACUGUCCCGCAACGAACGCUCUAGAUCCACUUGGGCCGAGGUUGUGUCCGGAGAUCAGGAUAACGACGAAGGCGGGGGUGAUCGCAGACAUGGGUACGGUGGAAAUAACUGGAAUAAAGAGGAGCGAUCUCGUCCUGAGCAGGAGUGGGAAGUUGACAGUUCCAGACUUUCAACCAGACCCCACAAGGAUCAAUAUCGUCCCGGGCAAGAAAAUAGGCAAGACGAUAUUUACAAGACUUCGUACAAGCCCCAUAAGGAACAGUAUAGUCCCCAGCAGGAGAAGUGGGAAGCUGAGAAUUGUAACACUUCGAGCAGACCCCAAACGCUGGAUGAAGAAAAUGACGGUGGAUGGCAAAGUGUUGGCAAGAAACCUCCAAGGAAGUCACACAAGAUUAUAAAGGACCACUGGGGUGGUUAUAAAGUACCUGCUGACGAGCAAGAAUACUCAAAUGACAUUGAAAUUGGUGCCACUCUUGAGCCCUCUGAAGACGAACUUGCUGAUUUGUCACAAGCUUGUAGUAAACUUUGGGAUCUUGAUUUGGCCCGUUUGGUGCCUGGCAAAGAUUAUGAAAUUGAUUGCGGUGAAGGGAAAAAGGUUUGCCAGAAUGAAGAUAUGGCACAAGGGAACCUUUUUACCUGGGUUUGUGAUGACGCGUUCAGAAAGCCUACAUUUGCUCGUUUUUGUUCACUUCUAGAUAACUACAAUCCUCAGCAAGGAUACAAGGAAGUUGUCACAUCUGAAGAGAGACAAGAGCAAGCUGCUUUCAUAGAAGAAAUCUGCAGAACAGCACCGGUCAAAUAUCUUCAUAAGUAUCUUGUAUCAAAGGGCAUUGCAUCGGGGAGUUACCAGGAUUUUAAAAGAAUGAUUAACAGUCUUUGGUUUGAACUUUAUUGUCGAGGUGGUACUUCUUGUUCUUCUUCUGCAUUUGAACACGUUUUUGUUGGAGAAAUCAAGCAAAAUGGAGAAGUUUCUGGCUUUCAUAACUGGCUUCAGUUGUACCUUGAAGAAGCAAAAGGGAGGGUUGAUUAUCAAGGCUACAUCUUUCCUCGUAGGCGGGGCGAUAUUCCAGAUUCUGAAACUCAGCUGCUGACGAUUCAGUUUGAAUGGAAUGGAGUUCUGAAAUCUUUGUCGAGCACUUUCGUUGGGGUGAGCCCAGAAUUCGAACUUGCCUUGUAUACUCUAUGUUUCUACGUGGGUGAGGAGGAUAAUCACAUUCAGCUUGGUCCAUAUUCAGUUAACAUCAAGUGCUAUCGAUUUGGUGACCGAAUCGGAUCUGUUUUUCCCCUCGCAGAAUAGCUGAAUAUUCAUCAAUGCACAUCUUAUAUAUUCUUAUUCGUCCAAGAGAUAGACCUUGCAGUUAUGACUCUGAAGGCUGUUGAUUAAAUAUUACAAGAUAGUUGUCAUAUAAAUAUGGAGAAAUUGGUGAUCAGAGGCUUCAGGGAGAUUCAUUACAUUCCUCUGAUUCUCUCUUAUUCCAUCUGGAAA